CGUCACCGCGCUUACGUAGAGACGGUCUCCGUGUAUUGUCGCCAUGAAUCGCUGGUGUGGAGCACAUCUCGACAUCAAGGAGUGAAGACAGACGUGUUGAAGGACGUGGGUUUGUUUAUUCUCACCUCUGGUUGUGUUAUUCCAGCAGUAUGUCUGUCUCCAGCACACCCACCAGUAAUGAUGCCUGUCUGAGCAUCGUCCACAGUCUCAUGUGCCAUCGACAGGGAGGAGAGAGCGAGUCCUUCUCCAAACGAGCCAUAGAGAGCUUGGUGAAGAAGCUGAAGGAGAAGAAGGAUGAGUUAGACUCUCUGAUCACUGCCAUCACUACGAACGGGGCUCAUCCCAGUAAAUGUGUGACUAUACAACGCACGCUAGACGGCAGACUGCAGGUGGCCGGUCGUAAAGGAUUUCCUCAUGUUAUAUACACACGGCUGUGGCGAUGGCCGGACCUGCACAAGAACGAGCUGAAACAUGUGAAGUACUGCCAGUUUGCCUUCGACCUGAAAUGCGACAGCGUGUGUGUGAACCCGUACCACUACGAGAGGGUCGUGUCUCCAAGCAUCGAUCUGUCGGUUCUGACUCUGGGCGGCCCAGCGUGUGUAAGUGUAGGUCCGAGUGUAGAUCCGCUGGUGAAGGAUGAGUUCGAUGCUCAGCCGUCUCAUUCUGCUGCUGAUGGAGGUCACAGUAUUCAAACCAUCCAGCACACAGCCUCUUCCUCUGCCCCGCCCGACGCUUUCAACAGCCCCGCCCUCCUGCCGCCAGUCGACUCCACAAGCUCCGCCUCCACUUCAGCGUUCACCAGUAUGGCUGCAGGUCCAGCCAAUGCCCCCAGCUCAUGGCCCAGAGGAAGCAGUUUUCCUCCCAGCAUCCCUCAGCAGAACGGCCACCUGCAGCACCAUCCUCCUCUUCCUCAUACGGGCCAGUACUGGUCCGUGCAUAAUGAGCUGGCGUUGCAGCCGCCCAUAUCCACUCAUCCAGCUCCAGAUUACUGGUGCUCGAUUGCGUACUUUGAGAUGGACAUCCAGGUGGGCGAGACGUUUAAGGUGCUGUCUAACUGUCCCGUGGUGACGGUGGAUGGUUAUGUUGACCCGUCAGGUGGAGAUCGCUUCUGUCUCGGUCAGCUGAGUAACGUACAUCGCACAGAGGCCAUCGAGAGAGCCAGACUUCACAUCGGUAAAGGUGUUCAGCUGGAGUGUAAAGGCGAGGGUGACGUGUGGGUGCACUGUCUCAGUGACCACGCUGUGUUUGUCCAGAGCUAUUAUCUGGACCGCGAGGCUGGACGAGCUCCGGGUGACGCCGUCCACAAGAUUUACCCCAGCGCCUACAUCAAGGUGUUUGAUCUGCGGCAGUGUCAUCGGCAGAUGCAGCAGCAGGCGGCCACGGCUCAGGCUGCAGCAGCUGCGCAGGCGGCUGCGGUGGCGGGAAACAUCCCGGGCCCGGGUUCGGUGGGAGGCAUCGCCCCUGCUAUCAGUCUGUCUGCUGCGGCAGGCAUCGGUGUGGACGACCUGCGGCGUCUCUGUAUCCUGCGCAUGAGUUUCGUCAAGGGCUGGGGUCCCGAUUACCCUCGCCAGAGCAUCAAGGAGACCCCGUGCUGGAUUGAAAUUCAUCUGCACCGCGCUCUGCAGCUCUUGGACGAGGUUCUGCACACCAUGCCUGUAGCCGACCCGCAACCUCUGGACUGAUGCUCCAACAUCAAACCUUCAACCUUAUUACAUGACUGACCUCUGACCUCAGCCAUGAACCUCAGCAGAGUAUGAUUUUUUUUUUUUACGCCAUCUGGCAACACGUUAGAGAACCAGCAAUACUAUAAAACAACAUGAACUUUGAUCGAUCCAACAGGACUGUUCGUCAAAACACCGUAAAAUCAUCUUUUUUUUUUUAACAAGACCUUCACUUUUGAUGUUCAAAGAGGAAAUGACCUCAUAUUGCAUUUAAUCCAGUUUACAGUGGCCACAUACAACAAAGAAAAACUUGAAUGCAUCAGUUUUAGGACUAGUUUACUAAGAAUUACUCAUUUAUCUCUCAUUGUAGUUUGUAAAACCAUUUUCUUGUAAAUCAUGACAUUGAAUUGAAAGGUUUUAUGAACCCUGUAGACAAAAAUUCUAAAUUAUGUGAAUUGUUGCAUUCAUUAACGAUUAUGAGGGGGGAAAUUAUGUAAAUGAUUGCAUUACGUUAAAUGCAGUUCAUUUAUGUAACAAUGGUUUUAUGACUAAAGGAUCGUGGCAUUUGCAUCCAUUUGAACGUAGAAUAUCGUUUGAAAUUUUAGAAGUUUCUUGAGCAGCAAAUCAGCAUAUUAUGAUGAUUUCUGAAGGAUCAUGUGACUGAAGACUGGAGUAAAGAUGAUUUGAACUUUGAUCACAGGAAUAAAUUACUUGAAAUAUAUUGAAAAAUAAAACAGGUAUUUUAAAUUCUAAAAAUAUUUCACAAUAUUACUGUCAAUAUAGUCUUCUUAAGGCGAAGAGACUAAAAACAAUCUAAAACUUUUGAACAGUAGUGUAAGUUUAUUCCAAUUGAAUGCAAUAAUUUACAUAAUUUUAUAAAACAAGCUGAAUAAGUAUUUACAAAAAUUGAAUAUUUAUUUCAUUUGUAUCGAUUUGAACGCAACAGUUCUUGUUAAUAUGGUUUCACAAACUAAAACUUCACCCAGAUAUUUGUUCAGCUUCUGUUUUAUGAUGAUUCGUAAAAAAAAAGAUUUCUGUAAAUUAUUGCAUUGCAUUGAAUUGUAUUCUGCUUAUGUUUCAUGAAUGAGAUCGUUCUCAUAGUUACAGAAGUUAUACAGAAAUUUGGGUUCAUGUAAAUUGUUGUAUUUAAGAAGUUCAACAAGUUGUAUAAGUAAAUCCUAUUCGAUUCAAUGUGACGGCUACACUAAAAAUAGUUUCACAAACCA